AUGGGAGGACUCCGACCAGGGACCACCGUUUCGGCAACGUCGAUAGUAAGCCCGCGGAACUCAAAACUCUCCCGUACCGCCGCUGAAAGAACUAUCAGCUUUUACUACCUCAGCGGUAUCGAUUUCCCGGGCUGUAGUGUGACAUAUGACAUCGCGGCUGACAAGCUCACGCUGUGGAUUCCCUAUACGCCGCCAGCCACCGUCCUCUGGUUCGGCAACACGCCAUCACCCGACGACUGUCUCGCAAAGUCUGACGUACACGAUGCGAAAUACACGAGCCAGCUACCGGGAUACCUAUCCUCAAGGCUGGCUGAAGUGAAGGCACUCUAUGCCCUACGGGCCUCCCAGCUGCCCAAGUUCGACGGCUUCGAGAAGUUCAAGCCGAAGCUAAUGAUCGACAUAGCCUCGCUACAGCCCGUCAUGGACGAAGCACGGGCUAUCAAGUCAGACUGCGAGAUCGCCAUGAUCCGAAAGGCGAAUGAUAUAUCAUCCGCGGCGCACAGGAAGGUCGCCCGAUCGCUGCACAACAUGACAAACGAGUGCCAGAUCGAAGCCGCCUUCAUUGGCGCGUGCACAGCGGAGAAUGCGCACACGCAAGCCUACCCUGUCAUCGCCGGCUCGGGCGUCAACGCGUCGACGCUACACUACGACGCCAACAACGAGCCGCUCGCCGGACGGCAGCUCGUGGUGCUCGACGCCGGAACCGAGUGGGCGUGUUACGCCAGCGACGUGACACGCACGCUGCCGCUUGCCUCAAAGUUCUCGCGCGAGGCCAAGGCGAUAUACGACCUAGUGCACCAGAUGCAGGAUGAUUGCAUCCAGCGCAUCAAGCCAGGCGUCGUGUUCCGGAACCUCCAGCUUCACGCGACUCUCGUCGCAGUCAAAGGCCUGCUGCAGCUGGGUAUCCUCCAUAAUGGCGAUGCGAACGAGAUAUUCAAGAACGGGACCGGUGCCGCCUUCUUUCCGCAUGGCCUGGGCCAUCAUGUCGGCCUCGACGUUCAUGAUGUCCUCAGCAGAGACCUUCUUCGUCCGGCCGGCGAGGGCAUGUGGGGGAAGCGCCGGCCGAUCGGGCCACAGUCCGUACGGGCCAUGAUCAAACAAGCAAACCAAGACCUCGACCACGAUUCUGCUCACACUUCCACACAACACCAGAAACGGCAGACCACAAACCACGGCAUCCUGCAGCCCGACAUGGUCGUCACCGUCGAGCCGGGCCUCUACUUCUGCCGGCCCUACAUCGAGGCCUACUUCCUGCGCAACGACGAGCACAGGCGGUUUAUUAAUGUUGAGGUCCUGGAGAGGUACUGGGAUGUGGGCGGCGUGCGCAUCGAGGACUGUGUCCUGGUCACGCGGGACGGGCAUGAGAAUCUGACGACGGCGCCGAAGGGCGAGGAGUUGCUGAGGAUGGUGGGAUUGGAUGUGUUGUGA